CAGCAGAAGAAGAAGAAGAAGAAGAAGAAGAAGACCUCCCCUCCACGAAGCUAACAGCUAACACUGAUGAAGUAGAAAAGUAUUAAAGCGUUUCGUCGCUGUGGCUCUGAGCUCAUGUGACGGACAAAGCUGGGAGAAAGGAGCUAUGGAGAAAAGCUUCAUUCAGUGGAAGAAGCAGUGCCUGAACAAACUGGACCUGAGUAAGAAGGGCAGCGUGGAUGAGGGCAUCGAGCACGUCGUGUCUCUGCUGAACAGCUGUGAGGAGUACUUCACCACCAGCUCCUGCUCCGGGAGAAUCAUCCUGAUCGACGGGGCUCCAGAGAGCAGCGACGUCCAGAAACAGAACUGUGUCUGGUUGUUUGUCUCACAUCAGAAAUGCACCUCAGAUGACCUGAUGUCUGCCUUAGCAGGGUGCUGCGGUGAUGCUGUGUUGAAGUUUGAGCCCUUUGUGCUCCACCUUCAGUGUAGGAGGCUGGAAGACGCACAGCUGAUGCACUUUGUAUCCAUCAACUCCGGCUUCAGGAACUCCGGCGUUACUGUGGGAAAAACAGGAAAAAUCAUCAUGGCAGUCCGUAGCACCCACGGCCUGGAGGUUCCUCUGAGCCAUGAUGGAAAGCUCCUCGUUCAGCAGGAAUACAUCGCCUUUUUAACACAGGUGGCCAAUCAGAAGAUGGAGGAGAACCGCAGACGGAUACACAGGUUCUACCAGAACCUGCAGUCGGCCCUGUUAACAGAGAAAUGCCAAAGACUCCAAAUCAAAGAUCCUCUUAGCUUACAGCAACUACAAGAUCCUCCUCAUGCAGAAAAGACAGAAAAGGAGACGGAGGAGGAGAAAGAAAAGGAGGAGAGAAAGAAAACAAGUGUGUAUAAACGGAGGCGGAAGAGGGAACGACAUCAGCCAGACUGUUCCCAUGGUGAUGGCGACAGCAGCGUGCCAGACCUGGACGACUGUUUGGAUCUGUUCACGUGAACCGGUGACUCGGUUUAUCAUAGACUGGAUCCAUGAUUAGAGAGUUUCUCUGCUUUGAGAUGUUUUAGAGGAUUGUUAUUUUUACAGGAAGAGGAGGGGCCUUUAUCACAAAGGUCACCAUAGUAACCAUGGCAUUAAAGCCUGUGGAGCAAAACAUUAAAAAAAAAAAAAAACAUGAAGGCAAUCAGUUGUCUUACCUUUUGGUUUCUGGCAUCUCAUUUGUGUAUAAGGUGGAGCCUCUAUGUGACAGUAUUGUAUUACAGUGCAGCCAUAGGAGGUGUAUUUACAUGAUGUAACCACUGGAGGGCAGCAGUGCUUAGAAAAUAAACUAUUUUGUACCUUGUGACGCUCAGUGGGAUUGACAUGAGUUACAGAGGAGUGGAGGGUGAACCCAGA